UGUGAUUAAUGUGGGGUAGUAAAUUGGGAAAUGAAGGCACUAGAGAGCAUAAUCAGUUGCAGGGUAUAAAACAGAGGAGCCUGAGGACACUCUGAAGACACUGAGAAGUUGCAGUUCUUUAUUUGGAAUACACGUUAUGAACCCUUUCUGGAGCAUGUCUACGAGUUCCGUGCACAAGAGAUCUGAUGCUGAAGAGAAAACUUUGAGCGGAGAGCUGCGAACCAGUCCUCUACAAGCCUCUACAAAGAAACAGUUGCCUUCUAUUCCAAAGAAUGCUGUGCCAAUAACCAAGCCUGCUUCACCUGCCACGUCAUCCCAGUCAACAGAUGGAACACAUGCUUCUUAUGGGCCAUUUUAUUUGGAGUAUUCCCUCCUUGCAGAAUUUACCUUGGUUGUAAAGCAGAAAUUGCCAGGUGUCUACGUGCAGCCAUCUUACCAAUCAGCAUUAAUGUGGUUUGGUGUAAUAUUCAUAAGACAUGGGCUCUACCAGGAUGGUGUGUUUAAAUUUACUGUCUAUAUUCCUGAUAAUUACCCAGAUGGAGACUGUCCGCGCUUGGUUUUUGAUCUGCCUGUCUUCCAUCCGCUAGUAGAUCCUUUAUCUGGUGAACUGGAUGUGAAAAGAGCAUUUGCAAAAUGGAGGCGAAAUCAUAAUCACAUAUGGCAAGUAUUAAUGUAUGCUCGCAGAGUCUUCUACAAGAUUGAUACAACUACUCCUCUGAACCCUGAGGCUGCAGUGUUGUAUGAAAAAGAUAUUCAUCUAUUCAAAAGUAAAGUGGUAGACAGUGUCAAACUAUGCAGCAGUCAUUUAUUUGACCAGGCCAAAAUAGAGGAUCCCUAUGCAAUCAUCAACCAAGACUUUAAAAACAUCUCA